AUGGAUGCAACGUCUCUUGGAAUUGCCCUCCCAACUGUAGCGGAAGAAUUACAUGGCGAAAGUUUGCAGAGCUUCUGGGCUAACAUGUCCUAUACUCUGUGUAGUCUCGUCAUGCAACCACUUUGGGCCAGUAUAUCAGAUGUCUUCGGCCGAAAGCCAUCUUUCUAUAUAUGCAUGGCAUUCUUUUUCAUCGGCUCAAUCGUUUUUGCGCUUGCAAAGGACAUGAAUACCAUUAUCGUCGGUCGAGUGCUUCAAGGAUUUGGCGGAGGAGGUAUCGACGUGCUUGUGGAAAUUAUACUUUCGGAUAUUACAACAUUGAAGGAACGUCCAUUCUAUCUUGGAUUAAUGGCAAUCCCCAAUGCCGUAGGGAAUAUUCUCGGACCGUCAAUUGGAGCCAUUUUUAGCAAUUAUGCAAGCUGGAGAUGGAUUGGAUGGGUGAACUUGCCAAUAUUAGGAAUCAGCGCGCCUCUUGUUGUUUUUUUUCUCCGUCUAAGACCAGUUGAGCUUGAUGAAAAAUUAUCUGCCAACCUAAAGAAACUCGAUUGGAUUGGUAUGAUGCUGGUUGUAACUGGUAUCACCAUUUUUGUCCUACCACUCAGUUGGGCUGGCUCACUUCUCCCAUGGAAGUCGUGGCAAACCCUCCUCCCAAUACUUCUAGGGGCCGCUUUGCUUGUUAUAUUUGUGGUAUAUGAAGCUAAGCCCAAAGUUCCUAUCCUGCCUCAUCGUCUUUUCCACUCGAGAACUGCAAACAUGACCUUGGCGGCGGCCUUCGUACAUGGCAUGAUCCUGAUCUCGCUGUUACAGUAUCUGCCUUUAUUUUAUCAGGCCGUAGAGCUCGAGACAGCGAUCCGAUCUGCGGUCUCCUUACUUCCCACCGUCAUCAUUAGUGUAGUAUUCGCAGCUAUCUCGAUGAUGAUGAUGGUCUCGGUCGUUGGUGGAUAUGUAUGGAUCAUACGAUUUGGCUGGAUUAUCAUAAUCCUGGGAACUGGAUUGCUAGCACUUUUUGACGUUGGAUCUUCGUCAUCGCUACUUUUUGGCCUUCCAAUUCUUUGGGGAAUGGGCGUGUCCUUACUGCGUCUUCUUCUGCUCCCUAUUCAGGCAAGCGUGAAAAAUGUCGAUGAUACCGGCUUGGCAAUCGGACUUUUGCUGACAAUUCGAAUGUUCGGAGGUCUUAUCGGACUUACAGUUGCGUCAACGAUAUUCAACUCUGUCUUUUCUGCUUCCAUUGCUUCUAUUGAAUUGACAGGAACUCUUUCUCAGCUCCACAACCCAAGUAAAGCUGUUUCCUUCAUUCCAGAGCUGAGAUCUCUGGAAAUAUCCCCAAAGGUCCUGGAUGCCGUUUUGAGAGUUUAUCUUGGGUGCUUUAAGACUAUUUUCUAUACGAUGGCAGGGUUUGGAGGUCUGGGUCUUCUCACUUCUCUUCUUACUGAAGACCUGGACUUGAACAAGAAGGAUGUCGGCCAACAGCGGUUCGAAGAAUGA